AUGUGUCCGCACUAUAUACUCUAUUAUUGGAGUAAACAGCGAGAAGAAGUGGCACAAAAGGUAUGUGAUAAAAUGUUCAAUUUUUAUGUUGAAACAUUAGAAAGUCUUGUACCAGACAUAGCUGAGCGGAACGAACCAAUCGUCCGAUGUUUGCGACAAAUCAUUGCACUGAUAUGCUAUAUUGAUUCAAAUGAAAUUAAAGUUGAACAUUAUGAAUUCCAUUUAAAAACGAUUGAUCUUGUGCUCCAUGUUUUAACUUCAGCUGAUAAUUUAUUUGUUCGAAAAGACAGAAGAAACAAGCUUUUUAGUAAGGGUUUAAGCCAAAUCCUUCUUCGUUAUAUCAAUGCUAAACAUGCAGGACAUGUACAAUUCAAUACUUAUCGAAUAUUAGCAGUUUUGAUGAAUGAAACUGAUAUUAAAACAUUGACAAAACCAAGAAAGAUUACAGCAUUGUUUAAAACUUUUUUCGAGAAAUUAAUCGAUGAUCCAUACCGACAGUUGCGAUUACGGAGUACACUGAUUUGCUUGAAAACUCUUGCACAACACGGUGAAAUAAAACAUGAAAUGGUUGCACAAGAUGUUCUGCCUCUAUUAAUUCGUUGUGCUACAGAGCCGAAAUUCGACGUUGUACAAAGACAAAAAUAUUCACUCGGUCUGCUUUGGACAAUGACGUUCAAUGAUGAAGCUGCUACAAUAUUAAAAGAAAAUCAGAAGUUCAUGGCUCAUGUUAAAUUGUUGCUGAGAUCCGAUGAACAAGAUCUACGUAAGGUAGCUGACGGUAUCAUGUGGAAAUUAGAUAAGAAAGCUCAGUUUAUGGCUAAGCAGGAACGUGAUCAGUCGGUAAUCCAAGUCCUUGCCUCAUCGACUUACAAAUAUGAUAUAACGAUAAAGAUUUAUGUUGUCAAAUACGAGAUAAGCUUAUAG